UUGACGCGCACUGCGUGUGAAUUGGUGAAAUCUCUGUAGCUUUAAAAGGCUCCAGAAUCUCUCCCUCACCUAUCCUUUCCUCUUCUCCAGCUAUGGGGAUAACUUGGGGCUCCUAGGAGUUCGUGUAUUUCCCAAGUGUUCCCAGCCAGCACAACUCCAGCCAGUUAAUGGCUUAGAAAGCAAAAGGAGGUUAUCAGACUAAGUUUGGGGGAGGGGAGGGAAGGAGAGGACUGAGGUAGUGUAAGGGGAAAAAAAGAAAAAAAGAGCAAGGAAAAGGGGGCGAGAGAAAAGAAGAUGAGUUUCCCCGAGGACGGGGUGAGCAGCUUGUGCCAGAAGGCGCUGCACAUCGUAGCGGAGCUCUGCUUCGCAGGCCAAGUGGAGUGGGAGAAAUGCUCUGGCAUCCUCCCCCGAGAUAAAGCCAACCGAGGUGGAGGCAGCACAGAUAUUUCUGUCAGUCUUUUAGCUGUAGUAGUCAGCUUUUGUGGACUGGCCUUGCUGGUGGUCUCUCUCUUUGUCUUCUGGAGACUCUGUUGGCCACGUUGGAGAAGCAAACCUCUUAAUUCCAAUGUCAGUACCCUUGCACAGAGCAUCUCAAGUACUCCAGUCUUUGAAAUUGAGGAAAAAGAAGAGAUAAAAGAAAAUGAGAAGCUGUCCCCCCAGAUUGAAUCUGCAAUGAAAAUCAGCCAUACUUCCCCAGAUAUACCCACUGAGGUACAGAAUGCUUUGAAAGAACAACUCAUUAAACAUGAACAUGUCCAGAGACAGACCACCGAGCCCACAUCUUCAUCCCGGCAUAAUUCCUUCAGGAGGCAUCUACCAAGGCAAAUACAAGUGUCCAGUGUUGAUUUUUCUGUGGGCACAGAACCAGUUUUAUGGAGGGGAGAGACAACCACCAGCAUUGGGAGAAUAAAACCUGAGCUCUAUAAACAGAAGUCAGUUGACUCUGAGGGCAGCGGGAAAGAAGAUGUCAAAACUUGUGGGAAACUUAAUUUUACUCUCCAAUAUGAUUAUGAAAAUGAACUACUUGUUGUUAAUAUUAUCAAAGCCUUAGAUUUACCUGCAAAAGACUUCACAGGAACAUCUGACCCCUAUGUGAAAAUAUAUCUUCUUCCAGAUAGGAAAAAGAAGUUUCAGACCCGGGUACACAGAAAGACUUUAAAUCCCUUAUUUGAAGAAACCUUUCAUUUUCCUGUAGCCUACGACCAACUGAACAACAGAAAACUACACUUAAGUAUAUAUGAUUUUGAUAGAUUUUCUAGACAUGACAUGAUUGGGGAAGUGAUUCUGGAUAAUUUUUUUGAAGUCUCUGAUCUUUCCAGGGAAGCUACAGUGUGGAAAGAUAUCCAUUGUGCAACUACCGAAAGCAUAGAUCUGGGUGAAAUCAUGUUUUCCCUUUGUUAUUUACCUACGGCUGGGCGUAUGACAUUAACAGUCAUCAAGUGCAGAAAUCUCAAGGCAAUGGAUAUCACAGGUUCAUCAGAUCCAUAUGUAAAAGUGUCUUUGAUGUGUGGGGGUCGAAGAUUGAAAAAAAGAAAAACAACUACCAAAAAAAAUACUUUAAAUCCAGUUUAUAAUGAGGCCAUCAUUUUUGAUAUUCCUCCUGAGAAUGUGGAUCAGGUCAGCCUCUUGAUUGCUGUCAUGGAUUAUGAUAGGGUAGGACACAAUGAGGUAAUAGGAGUAUGUAGGACAGGACUGGAUGCUGAAGGUCUUGGAAGAGAUCAUUGGAAUGAAAUGCUAGCCUAUCACAGGAAACCAAUAACCCAUUGGCAUCCAUUACUAGAAUUACCUGGACGGGCUACUAGUUUUGAUAGUCAAGGAUCCUGUUCAUCUCCCAAAAAAACACCUUCCACACCUUAGUAUCUUCAGAAUAAAGUUAUCAUUGUCAGCAUCCAGGAGCAUAUCUUCAUCAAAUCCACAAAAAACAGAUGAUUUGGCUUUCUCGUCUGAAGUAUAUACAGUUUUAUAUUGAAUUAAUGUUAUCUUUCUAUUUUGCCUUUGUCUUGCUGAUUAUAAUAAUUUAAUAUUUCAGAUAUAGAAGAAACAUUCAUCCAUAAUUAUGCCUCUUAUUGUGUUAUUAUUGUCAAAGGAUUAUACACUGUUAGUCUAAGUGGUAUUUCUAGAAGUCUUCCUUAUUUAUAUAAGUAUGUGCAUCAAAUGCAGAUAAAUUCUUAUUUAGUAAAAUACAUAACUAUUACUGUUGUUGUUAAAGGUAGCAUAAUAGUUGUAUAUCUAUAGUUUCUAUAUUCUGUAAUUGUAUUGACAAUUUCUACUGAGUGAUUCUUACAAAGUCACUUAAAUUUUUAAUAGUAUGUUUCCUCGGUCCUUAAGUUGAGGAAAUUCUUAUUUUAGUCCUUUUUACCUCUGAUGUCUGUUUUCAUUUUUGUUCUCUCUACACUAAUAAAUAAUGGAAGCUUGGAGUUUAUUGUAAAAUUCUCAAGAUAUUUAUCUCCCUCUGCAAUAAUCUUGAUUUUAUUUUUCUGGAAUUAUACUAGACAUUUCAUCUAUUCUAUAGAAGUCUUUUAUCUUUUAUGGAGAGUUUGGUGUUGUUAAACCAGAAAGCUUUUAACUUUAAGAUUAUACUUUAAUAAGAAGAAAGGCAUUGAAGAUUUUAAAAAACUAUCUUGAAUAUAAAUUUAAGAUCUAAUCAGCUAGAAAAAGGAGUUUUUCUUUCCAUUUAGUUAGCACUUAUUUUUAUUAGCCUGUUUCAUUGAAUUAACUGUUUUUGAAUAAAGAUUAAUAUUCUUGGAGAUGAAUGAAAUCAGAGAGUGUUU